UGCCGGAAGAGCAGUGUAGUUUUAUUCCGCAACGUGUUACGUUCAGACUAUUGUACUUAGCAACCGCUAAUCGUACAUAUUUCACUGCAUCGUGUUUUGUAUUCGCGCUCUUCUACCGAAUCUGUGAAUGUUUACAUUUUUCGCCCGCUUGCACUCGAGAAGAGUUUGUGCAUCGUGAUAGUGUUUACAUCUACUUAGGACGCUGUGAUACUAUCUGUUCAGGGUAGACGGCAAAGAGCGAGACUUAGAUAAAAAUGACCGGUGCUAUUGACAUUCUGCUGAAAGUCCGUGGACACCAACGUGUCCCAUCAGACACCAAGGAAUUCCACGAGGCUACCAAGCGCGAUGCGUUGAUUCGUUUGCGCAAGGAUCUGGACAAUCUGCUCCAGACUGCCGACGAUGUCAGGAAGUCAAUUCUGCAGAAAGAAAUGUGCGGGUUCGAAGCACUCUUUCAUCGGUUCUUGCAGGAAGAUGGUCCCUCGGUCGAGUGGGACCGUAUCCAAAAGCUACCGGAAGAUGCUGUAAAAGAUUACUCCAGUCUCAAAACUCCACAAGAAUCGGAGAUUUGCAAAAUGCUGAAUAGACUGGUCGUCGUAAAACUGAAUGGUGGUUUGGGUACUUCCAUGGGUUGCCACGGACCCAAGAGUGUAAUCCCUGUUCGUAACGAUCUAACAUUCCUCGAUUUAACCGUGCAGCAAAUAGAGCAUUUGAACAAAAAAUAUGGAGCCAACGUACCACUGGUGUUGAUGAAUUCCUUCAAUACCGACGAGGAUACGGAAAAGGUCAUUCGCAAGUACAAGGGGUUCCAGGUUCAGAUCUACACAUUCAAUCAAAGCUGUUAUCCUCGCGUCAGCCGCGAUUCACUGCUGCCAGUUGCCAAGGAUUUCAAUAUUGAAAACGAUAUCGAAGCGUGGUAUCCACCAGGUCACGGUGAUUUCUACCAAUCGUUCCAGAACUCUGGAUUGCUGAAAAAGUUCCUAGAUGAAGGACGUGAAUACCUCUUCCUGUCCAAUAUCGACAAUUUAGGUGCAACGGUCGAUAUUAAUAUUUUGAAUCGAUUGCUGGGCGACGACCGCCAAGGGAACAAACCAAUAGAAUUCGUCAUGGAGGUCACCGAUAAAACACGCGCUGACGUCAAGGGUGGUACUCUGAUUCAAUACGAAAAUAAGCUACGAUUGCUGGAAAUUGCUCAGGUUCCCAAGGAACAUGUGGACGACUUCAAGUCGGUAAAAACGUUCAAGUUUUUCAACACAAACAACAUUUGGGCACGCCUGGAGUCGAUUGAACGAGUUUUGGAUGCACGCACAAUGAACAUGGAAAUUAUCGUUAAUAACAAAACUUUGGACAACGGCAUGCGAGUAAUUCAGCUCGAAACCGCUGUUGGUGCAGCUAUGAAAUGUUUCGACGAUGGAAUUGGCAUCAAUGUACCUCGAUCGCGUUUCUUGCCCGUUAAGAAAACUUCCGAUUUGCUGUUGGUUAUGUCUAAUCUGUACAGCCUGAAGUAUGGAUCGCUAGUUAUGUCGCCGCAACGUAUGUUCCCUACUACACCGUUGGUGAAGUUGGGAGACAAUCAUUUUAGCAAGGUUAAAGAAUUUCUUGGACGAUUCGCCAAUAUUCCUGAUUUAAUCGAACUGGAUCAUUUGACUGUGUCUGGAGACGUGACGUUCGGUCGCGGCGUUUCACUACGCGGUACUGUCAUUAUCAUUGCCAAUCAUGGUGAUCGUAUAGAUAUUCCUGCGGGAGCUAUUCUUGAGAACAAAAUUGUGUCCGGUAAUAUGCGUAUUCUUGAUCACUAGUGGGUCAUUUGCAUGCCAUUCGCAAUCAUUUUUAGACGCAUACUCAGGAGUGUUUGCAUAAAAGCGCACCUUAUACAAAGGCAUAGAAAGUUGAUAUACUUCUGAUAGAAAUUGUGCCCCAGUGAAGCAAUAACAAGUGCAAAAGUUA